CCGGCGGCCGCGGGCAGGCUCGGAGGGAACGAGGAAGCGAACAUGUCUCGUUACACGAGGCCCCCCAACACCUCCCUGUUCGUCAGGAACGUUGCGGACGCCACCAGAAAAUCUAAAGCAGUCCACAGUAGCUGGCAAGCGCCCCCCAGUUUGAACCAACCUGUUAGCUAGAAUCAAGCAUAAACCAAGCAGGCGAGACAAAAGGCACCUAAAGUUCAAGCGUCAAGGAGUAAAGAGGGAGGGUGGACACAAAUAUAAAGACCUGGAAGAGGGGAAGUCUUUAUCAAGGAAAAGACAAAGCCAACACCAGGUUGAGACUUCGGCUUUCCUACAUUUACUCAGAGUUCCAGAGUCAAAGCCAAGUCUGAUUUUGUUGGUUCUUCGUCUCUUAUAAAGUCCAUCUUGCACGCCUUAAAGAGUAAAAGUCAAGGUUCAAGAUCAAGUGACAUUGAGUGUCCUUAACAGCUAGUCAUAUUUGAAGAUGUUCGCGAUGCUGAAGAUGCUCUUUAUAACCUCAAUAGAAAGUGGGUAUGUGGCCGUCAAAUUGAAAUACAGUUUGCACAAGGUGAUCGCAAAACACCAGGCCAAAUGAAAUCAAAAGAACGUCACCCUUGUUCUCCAAGUGAUCAUAGGAGGUCUAGAAGCCCCAGCCAACGGAGAACUCGAAGUCGAAGUUCUUCGUGGGGAAGAAAUAGGAGGCGGUCUGAUAGCCUUAAAGAGUCUCGACACCGGCGAUUUUCUUAUAGCCAGUCUAAAUCUCGCUCCAAAUCACUACCGAGGCGGUCUACCUCAGCAAGGCAGUCAAGAACUCCAAGAAGGAAUUCUGGUUCUAGAGGACGGUCACGGUCCAAGUCCUUAGAAAAAAGGUCCAAGUCAAUGGGAAAAUCACAAUCAAGUUCACCUCAAAAGCAGACUAGCUCAGGAACAAAAUCAAGAUCACAUGGAAGACAUUCUGACUCCAUAGCAAGAUCCCCAUGUAAAUCUCCUAAAGGGUAUACCAAUUCUGAAACUAAAGCACAAACAGCAAAACACUCUCAUUUUCGAUCACAUUCCAGAUCUCGGAGUUAUCGACAUAAAAACAGUUGGUGAACAAGAGAAGAGUGCUAGGUAGUCUUUAAUAUAAGUUAUUAAACCUAUCAUUAUGUUAAAUAAAAAUCCUCAAGGCUUACAGAAAAUGUGAGUUAAUAUUAGUUACCUUGGGCAUGUGCAAGAAUAAAACCUCUCUAGCUUUGGGUUAAUAAAGAUUUGUUUUCAAAUUUGUUUUUUUCAGUCCUCACCUGAGGAUAUGUUGAUUGAUUCUAGAGAGAGAGGGAGGAGGGGAGAUAGAGAAACAUCAAUGUCAGAAACAUUGAUAAGUUGCCUGCCAUAUACACCCUGACCGGGGAUUGAACCAACAAGCUAGGUUCGUGUCCUGACCUGGGAUUGAACCUGUAACCUUUUGGUGUAUGGGAUGAUGCUCUAACCAACUGAGCGACCUGGCCAGGGUCAAGAUUUGAUCUCAGUUUAAGGAACCACACCACAAAUUAUGUGUCUGAUGUCACCACUUUAUGGAUCAUUCUUUGUUUACACUGUGGCAGAAGGGUACUUUUCAAAAAAAAUGGGUGAAAUUGAACUAAUUUAGAAAAUUCUGCUUGGAUAUUAAGUAUAGUAGUUUUCACCUUAUCAAUGGGGAUAUGUUCAAGACCGCUUUGGUUCGAUGCCUAAAACCAGAGACUGAACCAAACUCUAUAUAUUACUAUGUUUUUUCCUAUACAUACAUACCUGUGACAAUGAUUUAUAAAUUAGGCACUGUAAGAAGUAACAACUAAUGAUAAAAUAGAAUACUUAUAAUAAUAUACUUUAAUAAAAGUUACAUGAAUGUGGUCUCUCAAAAGACUGUACUGUCCUCACCCUUCUUGUGAUGGUGUGAGAUGAUUAUAGUGUCCACACAAUGAGGUAAAGCAAGGUGAUCAGAAUGGCAUGCAAUUUAAAAGCUGUAAAUUGUUUAUUUCCGGAACUUUCCAUUUAGUAUUUUUGGACCAUAGUUCAUCAUGUGUAAUUGAGACUAUGGAAAAGUGAAACUAUGGAUAAGGGGGAGACUACUGUAUUCGUAAUAUCAAUAAUACCUUUUACAAAAUAUUUUUCACUUUAAAGCACUUUCAUGUAAAAAGUGGUUAUGACUGUACAAUUGUAUAAGGCAAACUGUUUGACACCUAUGUCUAUUUUGUGUCUUCUGUUUAAACUUGGGCCAGUUCCUGGUGGAUAAAUAUUCUAAAAUUCUGACAUUCCUAAAAAGUUGCAUUUAUAUAGAGAUUAAGCAUUCAAAAGAUAGAUUCUCUCCUGAGCUUAAAAAAAAAGGUUUUAUUUUUAUGAGAUGGAAAAGCAUAGGUAAGUUGACAUUAAAUUGAAUCCAGUACUAUGUUCAUGCACUUCAGAAAUAGCAAAAUGUUCUAAAACACCGAAUUUUGAAUGGUUUGAGACUACUCUAAAAAUUACGUGCAACACUCAUAGUCCAAAUAUAUUCAUAUUAAGCCUUAUAUAUUUAAAGAGUGGUACAUUUUGUAUAAAAAUCAUAUUUUAUACCAUUAUUUCUACAUACCUACUUUUCAUCUACUGCUUAAUUUUUUUCUUUUUAAAGUUCUAGGUGAAGACUUUAAAUUGUACAGAAUACAUCUUAUUACUUUUGAAAGUGUUUAGUACCUUGUAUUAAGAAACUCAAGACUGCAGCCUCAAAAAACACCUUUGCAGUAUUCGGAUUUACAUUACACUGCCCUUCAGUUUUUAAACCAAAUAACUUUACUGCUAUUAAUUGCUUUUGUAGUAGUUAAGACUGAGAAUUUCUUUAAAAUGUGUUUGUAGUUUAUGUUUUUCAGAGGGUUUUGGUAGUAUUUGUGAUAAUUAUGAUUAUUAUAGGGGAUAUAUUUAUAGAGUUCUACUUGUGUACCUUGUUGAAUUAUAUUAAAAAGUUCUCCGCCCAUACAGUUAAUGUUUGUAUCUAUAGUGCUUAAGAAAAUCUGUCUUACAGUUUUCACAUAUAGGAACCAGCAUUGCUUCUAUUUGUUUUGAAUACAAAUUCCAUUUUUCUUUGCAUUUUCAAUCCCAUGUGUAAGAAACAACUUAACAAAAUAAUUUAUGUACUUGUAAUAUUUGGGCAAGUACCAUAAAUUCAUGUAUACUGUACUUCCUGAAUAGAAUUUCUCUAUUAAUCAUAGCAGAAGUUAUUUACAAAUUACAAUUCUUUGAAGUGUUCAGCUAUAAUAAAAUUUAGUUAUAAAAUUA